UAUCUAGGGUCCUGCGGCGCCGAGGUCAGGAGGAGGGUGUUUGUUGCGGUGUCUCCUCCAUAUCGUCCUACACCGGUACCUGUCGCUUUUCUGCCGCUUUUUCUAGCUAUCUCACAAGUUGACAGCAACAUCUUCGACAACAGUAAUACUCGGCAAAAUGGCAGUUCCUCCAACAUAUGCAGACCUUGGAAAAUCAGCAAAGGACAUCUUCAAUAAGGGAUAUGGUAACUGGAAGCAAGAUAAAAGGCAGUUUUAUAAGUUUUGGACUGGUUAAGCUUGAUGUGAAGACAAAGUCUUCAAGUGGAGUGGAGUUUAAAACGUCCGGCUCAUCCAACGUAGACACCAGCAAGGUCACCGGAACCCUGGAAACCAAGUACAAGUGGGCUGAGUAUGGGCUGACCUUCUCAGAGAAGUGGACCACGGAAAACACACUUGGAACUGAAAUUUGUGUUGAGGAUCAGAUCACCAAAGGGCUGAAACUUACUUUUGACACUACAUUUUCACCAAAUACUGGCAAGAAGAGCGGCAAGGUCAAGACUGCUUACAAAAGGGAAUACCUUAAUGUUGGUGCUGAUGUAGAUUUAGAUUUUGCUGGUCCUACGAUCCAUGGAGCAGCAGUGGCCGGCUACGAUGGCUGGCUGGCUGGCUACCAGAUGACUUUUGACUCAGCCAAAUCAAAGAUGACCCAGAGCAACUUUGCAGUUGGUUACAAGACUGGAGACUUCCAGCUCCACACCAAUGUAAAUGAUGGUUCAGAGUUUAGUGGAUCCAUUUACCAGAAGGUAAACGACAAACUAGAGACUGCUGUUAAUCUUGCCUGGACGGCAGGCAGCAACGGCACUCGCUUUGGAAUUGCUGCCAAAUACCAGUUAGACUCCAGUGCCUCCAUAUCAGCUAAGGUGAAUAAUGCCAGCUUGGUAGGAAUUGGAUACACCCAGACUCUCCGGCCUGGUAUGAAACUAGUCCUCUCGGCACUGGUGGAUGGGAAGAGCAUCAAUGCUGGUGGUCACAAACUUGGUCUGGGACUGGAGUUGGAGGCAUAAGGGUCUGCUCUGCCAUUUCAUAAGAAAAAGAGAAAUAUCAGCAGAAUCUGAUCCUGAGCACUCCCAUCUGGACAGCAACCGAUAUUUUAAAGAGAUGAAGCCAAAACAAAAAAAGCAGCCCAGUUCUUGAGCACUGUUUAAAAUGGAAACCUUUCCAUGGGUAUAAUAACUAGUCAUGUUUCAAUCACAUGUAUCUAUCAGUUACUCCUUCUGCCAAGUUUUCCUCAAUAGUGAUCUGGGUGUCCAGGAAUGGUUUCAAAAAAACAAAACCUUGUUAUUUUGCUGAAGUGUGAUAAUGUAGAAUGUAAACAUGAGCUGUUAAUUUGCACAGUAGAAUUUAUCUUUAUUUAAGCUCUUUGUCCUUUGUUGUAUUUGCACAUUUUAUUUGUAUUUUAGUAGCGAUGUUUUACCUAUUAGGUUUACUCCAACAAAAUAUGCUUAUCAAGAUCAAAGCCAAUUUAGUGUGUUCACUUAUCUUUCUAGAGGCUUAAUUGUGCUGUGUGCUGAGUUUGAGAACUCCGUUACCUGAAAUACCUGCUUCUAAGUUGCAAGACAAUGCUAAAUGGAUUCUCCUUUCCCGCAGUGUAACUUGAGUGAAUGAGUGAAUCAUCCACUUUUCUUCCCUUUUCUGAGGACUGUGACACUAAUCAGGAAACCAUUUGUGUGUUGGUGUGCAUCUAACCUUUGCAAUAAAGUCCUGAAAUCAA